AUGUCGGUUACAUCCAACAUCUACUCACACUCCCUUCGCGUUGUUCUGCCACAUGACAUCCAUCCAGCUAUGGUUGACAUUAGCUGCCUGAAAGGCGAGAGGCUGAGUGUGGUUGCUGAUGCGUGGCAUGUGGAGGAGUCUUGUGACUAUGCAGGCCUCUGCAGAUGGCACAUCCAGUUUGCACCCAACGACGUUGACAUGCGGUCCAUAAGCGCCCGUUUUGGACAUGAUCAUACCCUAUUGAUAAACGCCCACAGACAAAGCCGCUGCGGAAUUUCUCCGACUUGUGGCUCCUGGGGACGUUCGGCAAGGUAG